UGUCUAUCUUCAAUACAUAAACUUAUAAUAUGGGUCAGUGUUUUGUUUUCUCCUGGUUUGGAAAGUUCUUAUAGAAUCGAAGAUUUUGAUUCUUACUUAAACAAAUAAUGUCUUAUACUGGAAAAAUUUUAACUUUCCUUGCGGUGAUAAUUGCAAUUCUGAGCUUCCUAUGGAUUCUUAUUUAUCAGCUUAUCAAGGAAAAUGUAUCAAAUCUACUAACACCAUCAGAAGGAUAUGUAUUUGAUUAUAUAGUUGUGGGUGGAGGAACAGCUGGUUCGGUGUUGGCAACUUUGCUGACAAAACAUUCGAAUUCGACGGUGCUUCUUAUUGAAGCAGGAGAUAAAUUUGGAUUUAUAAGCAAAAUUCCAUUGUUGGCAACUGUUUUACAGAAGAGCGUUAAUGAUUGGUCGUUUUUUUCAGUACCACAGAAGUAUUCAUCAAAAGGUUUACAUGAUAAGCGUCAAGCUCUUCCCCGAGGGAAAGGUCUAGGUGGAUCUUCGCAAAUGAAUUUUAUGCUCCAUUUUGAUGGAUAUCAAAAAGAUUUUGAUCGUUGGCAAGAAAUUGGCCUUAAAAAAUGGUCAUGGAACAAUAUUCAACCAUUUAUUGAAGCAGCAAAGCCAAAAAGUGACGAAUAUUUUAAAAUAAGACGAUACUAUUCCAAACUUUCCGAAGCAUUUGAUAGAGCUAAAGCCGAUUUCGAGCAUAAACCAUGGAAUUUUCGUAGAGCAAAAUACACAAUUAAGCGAGGAUAUCGUUUUGGAGUUUUUCAAAAAUAUCUUCAAACCGUUUAUGGCAAAUGGAAUUUGAAAAUUAUAACCAAUGCUGUUGUGAGUCGUGUGAAUAUUCAAAAUGGUGUUGCUGAAUCUGUGAUAGUUGGAAUUAAGAAUGAUGACGAUGGAAAGGAAGAAAAAUUCAAAUUCACUGCUAGCAAAGAGAUAAUCAUUUCAGCUGGAGCCUAUCAAUCCCCACAGAUUUUACUCUCGUCCGGAAUAGGUCCGAAAUUAUUUUUGCAGAAAAUACGAAUUCCAGUGCAAUUAGAUCUACCACGAGUUGGACACAAUCUUUUUGAUCACAUGAAUUUGCCGCUUUUUGUAUCGGUAGCCGAAAAGACAAGCAUCAAUGCUAAUGCUCUAUUAAGCCUGAGGGAAAUCUUUACUUAUUUUACAGCUGGAACUGGGCAUUUCGGUAAUUUCGGGGUUAUUGGAAAUGUUGAUAGCAUGGAGGAUAAAGGAACUUCGAUGUUAUUCGGCGUUGGAGCCAUCGACGAAAGUGCCCUCAUGUCUGUGUCAAACUUCAAAAGAGAACACUUUCGAGCGUUGUUUCCACUUUAUUACAAUUCAACACAAGAAGGGUUAGUGCUGAUCUCAACUUGUCUGCAACCUGAAUCAAGAGGUUUUGUUACCAUAAGGAAUAACAACGUUCGACGAAAUCCACUUAUAAAUCCAAAUUACUUAGCUGAAAUAGAAGAUGUUAACUGUACUAUUCGUGCUAUUCGUAAAAGUGUGAAGAUUGUAACUUCCGAUGCGUUUAGCCUUCUUAAGCCGAAAAUUUAUUGGCCUAAGAUCAGGGAGUGCUCGAAUUUUGGACCAUUUGAAAGAGACUUAAAAUGGAAUCAACCAUCAGAUAAUUAUUUGGAGUGUAUUUUACGAUACGUUGGAUUGACUUCUCAUCAUCCAGGAGGAAGCUGUGCGAUGGGAUUGACAAAAUUUGAUGGUGUGGUGGACCAAGAACUGAGAGUUCACGGUGUAAAAGGAUUGAGAAUAAUUGACGCUAGUGUUCUACCCACGCCAAUAUCAGGAAAUCCAAAUUCAAUAAUUGUUGCAAUGGCUAUAAGAGGGGCUGCUUUUAUUUUAAAAUCAAAUAAAGACAAAUAGUGACUUUAUACA